GCCUGCUCGCGGUGCCCCUCUGGCUCUGGCAGCGCAUGCAGGACGAGACGACGGUGCGCCGCUUUGUCAUGCGCUGGCUCCUCCAUCCGCUCCGCCUCCUCGCCGCCGUGCCCGGCUGCAUCGGCACCUUUUGGCUCCUCCGCAAUGCCGUCCUCCUCCUCUGGCACGGCGACGGCUUCCUGGGCCGUGCCGAUGGCCGCGGCGAUGGCCACGCGUCCCUCGACAGGCCCUGCGCCCUCGACUUUUUCCUUGCCUGCCUCUGGAGCAUCACGACGGCCUACCACGCCCUGUCCUUCACCACGCUCCUCCUCCGUCGCUGGCUGCUCUACUACUCGCUCGUGCCCUCGCUCAUCCGUCUCGUCGCACUUCAGGCCAUCUGCUGGCCCCUCGUGCGCCUGACGCUGUACGUCGCUGGCCCCGACGAGCCCACGGGCGCGUGGGUCGUUGUCGGCACCACGACGGCCCUCAGCGACACCGUCGCCCGGUGGGUCACGAGCAACCUGGCCGACGUCGAUGCCGCCGAGGAUGCCCAGCUGCAACAUCAACAACCUCAACAGCAGCAGCAGCAGCAGCAUGGCAAUGGAAGCAAGCACAGGCUCGUCAAGAAGCGAGGCGACAGACAGCGCGGAAGCGCCUUUUGGCGUGCCGUCGUGGGAGGUCCCUCGUCGUCGUCAUCGCGCGAUGCAGGCACUUCAGAGCACAGGAGCAACGGCAGUGCGCGCAUUCAUUCAAGCAACGGCAAUGCGCUGCACAGUCAGGACGAGCUCGAUGAAGAAGAGGACGACGAAGACCUGCUGGAAGAGGAGGAGCUGCAGCAGGAGCACGAGACCGUCGUCCGACGCGUCUUUCACUGGGACGUGGCCCUGCGCAGAAACGUGCUGCCGAUUGCGCUGCUGGGCUACCUGACCAUGUGGUCCCUCAUCCUGCGCAGAAUGGCCUUUCGCGGUGACAGCAGCAGUCCGGAGCAGAUGCACCUCUUGUGAUUCGAUACCCCACACAAAGACACACACACCAGAGCCAAUCAAUGCCUA